UAUGUACUUAAAGUUAAUGAAAAAACAACUAACCAACAAACAAUCAACACAAAGAGACACUUAGUUACCUAUUUAGUGACACCAACAAAUACUAUUACACCGGCCACGGAAACCAACAUAGAGAUACUGAAAUAACAAUUAACUGCUCGUAUACAAAAUAUUACAAUUGAGUUGUUAAAAUUUAUUCCAUGCUCUCCACAAACCCCUUUCUUAUCAAAUCAGAUUGUAGUCGGACUGUCCUUUUUUAAUCUCACUAUCUAAGCAUAAUUGUGGAGUGGUUUACGUUUCUCACCUACACACGAACACUGAUUCUUGUAACUUCUAAUAUUAUUAGAUUAUAUUCAGAGCAUUAUCCAAUGAGUGGUUAAAUUAUGUAUUAGUGGGCUAUUCACACAUACAAACACAAGUACAUGUAGCAUUUGAAAACCAUCAUUUCCGCACUUCAAAAUAUGUCAUGCAUAUAUAUACUAUCUGCAAAACUAGAAGCCACAGUGUGACAAUUUAUCAUAGUCAUAAUCGUCAUCAUCAUCAAUAAAAUAACCAAACCAAACAAUCACCUGUCAUAAUUUCAAUUCGGUUCCUAUGAUUAAUAAUUGAACCAGAUACAAGACAUACUUAUUCUGUACUCUGUGUGCACAUUGAUAAAUCAUUUAAGCACAAUUGACGGUCUAAACAACUUAAAUUUCUGUCGUCACUUUCUCAUGCAGUUAUCAUAGUUAUUGGGAAAAAACACCGAUAUUAAAAAGUGUAUUUGUUUAUUCACAUUCUGAUAAAUUACUUGAACUAACAGAAUUGUUUUAACAAAAUAAAGAAAGAUGUCAGAUAUUCUUCUGGCUGAAUACACAUUGAAACGUGCUCUACGUGAACAUACCACAGAUUUAGCUCCGACAAGUAACCCACACUUAUUAUGUACACCACUACCUAAACAUUGGAGGUCUAAUAAAUCAUUACCUAGUCAGUUUCGUGUAGUCAGUUUAAUCCCAGUACCGGAUGGUACACGUGUGACUGUGACAGCGGGAAAUGAAGAACGCCCAUGUGCUGAAUUAAAAAACCCAGUUACAAUAAUGCAUGGACAUGAAGCACGAUUUAGUGAUCUACGGUUUCUUGGUCGCAGUGGUCGUGGUAAAUCUUUUAAUAUAACCAUCACCAUUGAAACCACACCACCAAUUGUAGCUCUUUAUGCCAGAGCAAUCAAAGUGACAGUGGAUGGGCCACGUGUACCAAGAAGUAAAUAUUAUACACAAAAUUGUACACACAGGGUUUGUGCAUUUAGUUACCUAGUUAGCUGGUUAAGAUAUGCAUAAUUAACGGGCAAAUUUAUUACGGGGAUAACAAUUAAAUCUGUACACAGGCGAAUACUUUACGCUACAGUAAGAACAGGCAGAAUUUAUAAGGAAAUGAAACGAUUAGGAUCAAGACAUCAAAAUCUCUGUGAAUAUUCAACUAUUAAUCGUCCUUUUCCCAGUCGUAACAACUAUCCGAUUCCAGAAGAUCUUCAAAGAAACAAAAUGAAAAGGGCGACACAUGAAAUAAACUCUCAUGGAUUUAGUGAUAAAUUUAAAAAACACAACAUUCUAUCAACUCGAUUUUCGCCACCGAUGUUGGUUCGGGAAGAAUUGGCCCCUAUUACAUCGGAAACAGUAAAUAUUACAAAUAAUGCUACUAAAUCAUUAAAACUUCCUCGAUCGACUCAAAAGACAAAUGACAAGUCAUCUUCUCCGACUGAAAGCUCAAUAAAAUCUUUCAGUUCAAUUAGCGACACGAGUGGGAUAGGAUUUUCACCAUAUGAAUCAACUUAUUUACUGUCUUCAAUUAAUGAGGCAUAUGCAAAAUUAUUGGCAAGGCAAGCAUAUUUGGAUAAAAUGACAUUUAAUGCAACAACUACUUCAAAUAAUUUAAAUUCAUUGACCAAUAUUGCAGUGAAUACUCCUGGUUUCGUGACGACUAUCCCUCAAAAUGUUGGUAGUACAGAAAGGAGUAAGAAUACGAAUCUAAUUAAUACUGGUACGCAAAUGAAGGACAAUUACAUUCCACACUCCUUGGAGACAUUUUCACCUGUCUCGUUAUUCUCAACAUUAUUGCAUUGCAAUAGUGUUGACAGUCGAAUUAGUUCGAAUAUUAUCCCCACUAAACAUCAAGAUGUCAAUUACAAUACUACCGCAUAUCCGUCUGUGUUAAACUUAGAAGCCAUCGGACCUAGUAUAAAUUCGGUGAAAACUCCUUUCCAACUACAGGAAGCGCAUGGCACUGUUACUCCUGUUCGAAUUAAUUAUUUAGAUACAUCUGGUUGUAGGAAUACUAGCAAUAACUCUCAAACAGAUAAUGCACAAAAUCAAUUAGACUGUCUUCGGAGUGUACCACAAAACAGUGCAUCAUGUGAUAGACCUUGCCAGUCAAAUGAUUCAUCCUGUUCAUUAUUAUCAUCAUUUUUAUAUUCAAAUAUGACUCCAGAGUUAAACUCAACAAAAUUUAACCCAAAUGAAAGUAAAAGUAAUGUACAACCAGGUUAUUCGAAAUGGGAAGAAUCUGAUUAUCGUCAUUAUUAUAAUGCAUUUACAACAUUUCUUUCAGGAAUUUUAAACAUGUCAGGUAUAAAUUCUAAUUGUUUGGGGACCAAAAAAGUGAAUGAAACUACUUGUGAUAAUGAUAAUUUCCGAAAUAUACAUUCUAGUUUCAACAAAAUGAAAUGGAAUCGACAUGUUCUUAAUAAUAAAAAUAACAUUACGUCAUGUUUAAACAAUGAAUCUACAGAUAUGGACUCAACACUGAACCAAACACCUGAUAAGAACGACUCAUCAAAUCAUGUGCUAAGUAUAGAACAUUUGUUAGAUUUGAAUACACACGGUACUGCAAACAGUGAUACAGAUCGUAGUAAACAUGAUAAUAAACAUAUGUUAGCAGAUGAAUGUAGUCCUGAUUAUUCAAAUUUCAUGAGUACCCCCAAUAAUAAGCAUAAUUAUGUAAAUUAUUUUCCUCAAACUGUACCAGAUCCAUUGUUGAUCAAAUCGAUUUUGGCCCGUCAUUUAAUCGAAAAUAAAUCGUUCAGAGUUUGAAACUAAUUUAUUAUAUUUGUAGAAGGUUAAAAUAGUGAAUUUAGGAGGCAGCACAAGUGAUCUUCAUCUGUUUUCAUCACAAUUAUGGCACAUAGAGACUAUGUAAACAUACACAAGCGUAUACAAACUUUUACAAUAUUGUAUUACGUUAACAUUUUACCUCAUAUAUAUAAGUGAAGAUUUAUUGUAUUCCUCAAAUUCACGUACACAGUAAUAAAGCUAUUUGUUAUCUCCUUUAGAUGUGUUUCGUUUAUUUUUUUUGCAAAAUAGAGUUAAGUAAACAUUAUUAUUGGGAGGACGUACUAAACUGCUACUUAUCUUAUUUAUGCCCAUAUGUGUCUCGUUCAAUACUCCAGUGAUUAUAUUUAUUAUAGAUAGGAUUUAUGAUCGAUUUUGUACAUCUUACCAAGAAACCAUAACGAUUAAGUUUCACUUUAUGACAGUCUUUUCUGCAAAUCGCAUGAAUUAGGUCACCUGAAUUAAUAAUAUUUUUCAUUGGGAUGGUUACGUCCCUGAUCUGUCUACCCACUUCUAUGCAGAUGAUAACUUGCCUAAAUCUAUAUUAAGACAUUGACGCGAUAGGUGGACUGGCUUAACUUUGAGGCUAAUAUGAGUGAGUUCGAAGUGAGCCCAACUGCUUGGAG